CGCUGCGGAGGUCCCGCCUCCUCGCCGCGCGCAUCCUUGCGGCAGCCGCGGGCGCUGCCCUGCUCUUUUCAGCGCGCCAGGCCAUGGAGCCCUUGCGGAGGGCCCACGAGGCCGUGCUGCGCCUGCUGCUGUGGGGUCCCUGGGCCUCCGGCACCGCCUCCCGCGCAAAGCCCCGCGCCUCGGAGGUGCUGACGCGGCACCUAGAGCAGCGGCGCCUGCCGCACUGGACCUCCUUCUGCGUGCCCUACAGCGCAGUCCGCAACGACCAGUUUGGCCUCUCGCACUUCAACUGGCAGGUGCAGGGCGCCAACUACCACGUCUUGCGCACCGGUUGCUUCCCCUUCAUCAAGUACCACUGCUCUAGGGCGUCCUGGCAGGACCUGGCCGCGCAGAACCGCUUCUUCACAGCGCUCAAGGUCGUCAACUUCGGUAUUCCCACUUUAUUAUAUGGACUUGGCUCCUGGUUAUUUGCCAGAGUUACAGAGACUGUGCAUACCAGUUAUGGACCAAUAACAAUUUAUUUUCUAAAUAAAGAAGAUGAAGGUGCCAUGUAUUGAAAGUAUCCAUUAGAGAAUACAAAUACAGUAUCAGUGGGUUUUCUCUCAUGUGUAUGUGCAAUAUUUAUUUUUGAUCCUUUAUAAUAAAACUUUUACAAAUUC